AUGGCAUAUUUAUUAAAUGGCAGAACGUCACCCUCGGUGGCACUGUCCAGUUGGAUACGGACCUCAGCUUCACCAUUUCAUCUGGAGAAACAUUCAUAUUUAUUGAUGGCAUAUUUAUUAAAUGGCAGUCAGGUGGUCGUCCCCCCUAAAGUAAACGCAGUGCUGGGCAAGAACGUCACCCUCGGUGGCACUGUCCAGUUGGAUACGGACCUCAGCUUCACCAUUUCAUCUGGAGAAACAUUCAUAUUUAUUGAUGGCAUAUUUAUUAAAUGGCAGAACGUCACCCUCGGUGGCACUGUCCAGUUGGAUACGGACCUCAGCUUCACCAUUUCAUCUGGAGAAACAUUCAUAUUUAUUGAUGGCAUAUUUAUUAAAUGGCAGAACGUCACCCUCGGUGGCACUGUCCAGUUGGAUACGGACCUCAGCUUCACCAUUUCAUCUGGAGAAACAUUCAUAUUUAUUGAUGGCAUAUUUAUUAAAUGGCAGAACGUCACCCUCGGUGGCACUGUCCAGUUGGAUACGGACCUCAGCUUCACCAUUUCAUCUGGAGAAACAUUCAUAUUUAUUGAUGGCAUAUUUAUUAAAUGGCAGUCAGGUGGUCGUCCCCCCUAA